AUGAAAUACAUUGUUGGAUUUUGGGGUGAUCGGCAAAACCCUGUAGGAUACUCCAGUGGAUCAGCAGGUGGUUCAGUUCUAGGUGAUGCUGUCCACAAUCCCCCGGAUUCAAAAGAGCUCCGUGAGCCCUCUCCUAGCCUCACAGGUCCACCUCAGCCACCUCCCAAAGAGCCUGCCCAGCAACUUCCGGAGUCUGCGUUGUCUGCAAGUGCCUUGGAGUCGGAGAUGAAAGCCCGAAUGGACAAACAUGCAAAGGCCCUAGAGAAAGCCAUGACAGAUGACUUUUUGGAAAUGAAACGCAAAGCCGAAGCUGAACUUGAGACAGAAAUGGAGCAAAAACGAGCGAAACGGAUGCAAGAGCUAGAUGAGGAAAUGGAAGAAAAAAAGCGGAUGAAAGAAGCAGCACUGGAAAGUAUGGAGAUGCAGCUGCAAACUAGGAUGCAACUAGUAGCUGAUGAACAAAUGUUGCUGGAUGACCUGAAAGAAAAGUCAAAAAACAUGCAGAGAAAGAUUGAGGAAGAAGCCAGCAGGAUGACGACAGCCUCAGCGCAGAAAACAACAGAGGACCCCAAGACAGCCAUGAAAGAAAGGUUGAAAGAGAAACUGCAGGAAAAGGCUGCACUUGCAACACCGCCCCCGUCUGGGGCCGUUCAGAAGUCCCCUCCCUCAGCUGACUCAGUUUCAGCCGCCCCGGAAUCAGCCAAAGGGACACCUCCCAAUGUGGCGAUUGUGCCAAUGACAGACAUGCGUUUUACCUCAUCGACGCAUCCUGCAGCUUGGCAGUUCCUUUACCGCCUAACUAAGAGGGAGGACCAGUGUGAAAAGGAGAUCUAUGAUGCCUGGCAUGCAGGUGGCCCAAAGCGUGAUCACCUACUUCGUGACUUUGUCUGCCGCUGCUACAGUCCUGUUGACGACUUUUCCAAGAACAAGGCCAAGUUACAAGCUUUGGUGACACUGCGGAACACAGCGAAGUCCUGGCGCCGCAAUUUGCAGGGCUACUCUUGGCAUACAGAAGAUGAGAUGAAAACCUUGGGGUGGUCACAGGCCAAAAUGGAAGGGGCGGUCAAAUACUGCACCAAGCGCAAGCUCACCAAGAAGUGCAUCUACGACACCAGUGCUGUGAAGUACUUGGUCCAGGUCAAGGAUGACGUGGAGGCUGGUGAUGAGAAACUUAGGGAGUUGGAACAGGAGAUGAAAGAGUCCGGUGUGUUUGACACUGACUUCAGUUUGGGAGACAUCCUCGUGGAUGACGAUGAGUCAGAGACAAACCCAGCGGAGAUCAACAAAGCCAAGAAAAAACUAACCGACUUUCCGGUGGUGGAAGGUGAGGAAACCAUAGUUGAGUAUGUGGGGCAGUACAAGAAAGCUUGCUUGGCCAAAAAAGCGUUGCUCAAAGCAACCCGUGAGCGCCUUGAGAAGGAUCAGGCGAAAGGUAAGCUGUCCUCCCUCUACCAGGAACUUGGGCAGAUUGAGAUCAGCCCCAGCGGUCGUGAGAAUCUUGCGAAGACGUUUUAUUCCAAACCGAUCCCCAAGAACAAGGCGAAAGCCAAGGCUGUGGCUUCUGAAAAUCAGAAGCUGGAUGAGAGUUGUGACUAUGACGCUGCUGAACCAGUUCCUGCAGUAGUGGCUGAUGUCUUGAAGACUUAUGUUGCAAACUCAGCUGAAGCUGCCAUCAAACAGGCGAAAGGUGCUGGUGAUCUAGCUAUUUGGUCGAAGGAGAAAAUCCUUUUACAGGGUGUGGGCAAUGUCCAUCCUGCGCAGAAACGACGGAGGAAAAGGAUGAGAUACGAAGUGAAGCAUCCAAUGCUGAAGAUUUUUGACAUGGCUCAGUUCUUGCUAAACUCGGCAUAUUCUGAGAAACUUCUGAAUCGACCAGUGUCGGAUGUUGCUGGUUGGACAAAUGAGUUAGCUGAAUUUUGGAGAAAGUGGAAGGCAAUUGAGCCGCACCACGCAGUUUACAAGGACCAUGCUCAUGAUUUGGAUCAUUGCAUACCCUGUAUGUUGCAUGGUGACGAGGGUACUGGCCACAGGAGAAAACCGCUUCUUCAACUUUCCUGGGGUUCCAUGUUGCGCAUCGGCAAGUCUUCACUAGAGCGGAUGUUUCUCAUAACUAGCUGUGCUCACAAGAUGUACAGUCGAUACAACAAGGGUUCCGAAGCGGGGAACAUUGUGAUUGACAAGUUGUUGGAGGAAACUGCUAAGUCUGCUCUGAAAGCCUAUGCUGGUGGAAUUGAGACCCGUUCUGGCCACACUUUUUUCCUGGUAUUUCUGGGGCUUGCUGGAGAUCAUCCAUUUCAAACAAAAGCUUAUCGUGCAGUUCGUAGCCAUUUGAAAGUUGAUGUUUGCCCUCACUGCCAUGCAAACACUUACAGUGUCCCUUUUGAGGAAAUGGGACCAGGGGCUUUGUGGCGCACAAGUGUGUUCCAAUCAGUGCCUUGGAGGAGGGAUGUGACCCCACCGCUUUCAUCAAUCCCUGGUGCGCAACAUCCAGCCUUUAUUCGAUUUGACCUGAUGCAUAUGUUGCCUCAUGGUUGUGCAAGGAAUUUUGUGGCAUCUGUCAUAUGUAUGAUGGCAGGACCUAUGAAUAUCUUUUUGCCUCAGGAUGGGGGGCAAUCUCGAAACAGCAAGGAAAGUCGACUCGAGGAAGCCUAUUCGCACUUCCAAAGUUGGUUGGACUGCACUGGGGGCCAUGUUCGAGACAUGAAAGAAUUUACUGCAGACAAUUUAGGCUGGCAGCAGAACAGGUCAUACCCAGAAAUGACUUGCAAGGCCUCUGACUGCAAUCUCCUUAUCAAGUGGCUCAUUGAUUUUUUGACAAGCAUACCGUUUGCUCAGAACUGGAUUUUGGAUACUACUCUUACUGGCCUUCAAGGGGCUGAUGAGUUCAUGCGCUUGGCCUACACUGGAGAUAGAGUUUUCUGGAACCCUGACAGGCAAAGGCGUGGCAAAGCAUACGUGGGAAUGUUUUUGCAUGCCUAUACGCAGCUGCAGAUUUACUGGCAUGGCGAGGGCUGGACACUUUUCAAGAUUGUUCCUAAAUCGCAUUUUACGGCGCAUUGGCAUGAAGCACUGGCAGAAUGUUUGCGGGUUCAACAAGAGUGGGCUAUAAGCCCAGGAGCUUUCUCGACACCGAUUCUUGAAGAUUUCAUUGGUGUUGUGUCUAGGAUUGGCAGAACAGCUCACCCCAGCAGUGUUGCAAGGACUACCAUUCAUAAGUACUUGGUCCAACUUCGCAGGGAAUGGUCAACUCGCAGGUGCGCUUAG